GCUUUAAAUACGGGGGCUUUCUUUCGGCUUCUCUCCCACCCCUCUCUCUCUCUCUCUCUCUCUCUCUCUCUCUCUCUCUACUUUGCGUAAACAAGCAGUUUGGCAUCCAUCUGCGUGUCGUUCGUUAUACAGAUCUCACUUCACUUACAACACCAACGUUGUUUGUUUAGUUGUUGUCGAAAGCAAAUAUCGAGAAAAAAAAAAUGGGAAAGAAAGACCAGAAGAACGAGAGCGAGAAAGACAGAGAAAGAGUUGAAGCAGUACUCGACCUCGUCAGAAAACAAGCCCCCCUCACUCUCAAACAGGAGUUGUUUUGCAACAAAGCUUGUGUUGAGAGGUUUCUAAAAUCAAAAGGUGAUAAUGUGAAGAAGGCUGUGAAGCAGCUCCGAGCUUGUCUUUCUUGGAGAGAGAGUAUUGGCAUUGACCGUUUGAUGGCUGACGAGUUCUCAGCUGAGCUCGCCGAAGGCGUAGCUUACGUCGCAGGCCAGGAUGAAGGUUCGCGACCCGUCGUGAUUUUCCGGAUUAAGCAAGACUACCACAAGUUCCAUUCUCAAAAGAUGUUUACUCGGUUGCUGGUGUUCACACUCGAGGUUGCAAUGCAAACCAUGCCCAGAAAUGUCGAAAAAUUCGUCCUUCUCUUUGACGCAAGCUUUUACAGAUCGGGUUCGGCUUUUAUGAAUAUGUUGGUGGCAACGUUGAAGAUGAUAGCCGACUACUAUCCGGGUCGGGUUCACAAGGCUUUUGUGAUUGACCCGCCUUCUCUCUUCUCGUAUCUAUGGAAGGGCGUACGUGCAUUUGUUGAGCUAGCUCCACUCACCAUGGUGAUUUCAUCACUAGACUUUGAUGAUUCAAUGGAUUUGAGCGAUGACUUCUCAUUCUAUUCAGGAUCCUCGUCCCUCCGAUUCAACCCAUCAACCGCCAAGGUCGGUUCUUGUUCUUCCUCUCGCUUCUCUUUCGCAGUCUCGCCCCACCUCGACUCCCUCAAGCCUUGGUGCCUCACCUUGACCGACACAUCAGCAUCCAAAGUAGGCCCCACUACCCCUUCCCCUUCCUCUCUCCUGGGCCCGGCUCUCAUCUCCCCUCUCAACGCCCGGUCCCACUCGUUCGCAUCGCCCAUUUACAGAACGCCGCGUGGCAACAUCAACAACUACAAAAAUGGACUCUUCCCAUCAACUCCGUUGCCCCAAAAGACCCAAAAAGUGGACCCCACAAGCAUCCACCAUCCGAGGACUCCAAAACCCUCCUUCCUCCAAUCACCGGCUACGUUCUUCAGAAAGGAGUGCCACGUCACGAGCAGGCCCGAGAAAUCACGAGAUUCGUUCCUCCCGUUUUUGAAGUUCUACCGUCGUCCGUACGACGAGGGGACUUACAGAUCGAAGAUGAGGCCGCCGCUGAGCGGGCUCGUCUCCAUCGUCUCCGCGCAGCUCCACCGUCGCCACGCGUCAGUCUCCCAGCGGUUUUGAUCAUCAUCAAAGUUAAAAUUCUGUAUAGCAAUUAAUGUCCUAUGUUCAUGAAAAGAGGCACCACGUGUAAUAAUUGACUUGUAUUAUUUUUCUUGGUUCAAUGUCAAAGGAAUUAAUGAUUAUGCUUUUUA